CUCCCUUCGAUUCCACACCACCACUCGCCUCCUCCCCUAGGGUUUCCCGCCGCGCACCACCACCAAAAACCCCCGCCUCCCACCUCCCCGGCGAUCGGAUCGAUGGCGGCGGACGCGGCAUCGGCGGCGGUGAAGAACCUCACGCUCAAGAGCUCCGACGACGAGGUGUUCGUGGUGGAUGUGGCGGUGGCCAUGGCGUCGCAGACCAUCAAGCACCUGGUGGAUGACGGCUGCGCCGACAACAUCAUCCCGCUCCCCAACGUCAGCGCCAAUAUCCUCAUCAAGGUCAUCGACUACUGCAAGCAGCACGUCCUGAACGGGGACGCAGCCGCCGCCGCCGCCGACUCCUCCUCCACCUCCACCUCCGUCAAGCCCGACGAGGUGAACCUCAAGGCCUUCGACGAGCACUUCGUCAAAGUCGACCAGACGGUCCUCUUCGACCUCAUCCUGGCUGCGAACUACCUGGAGAUCAAGGGGCUCCUCGACCUGACCUGUCAGACGGUCGCCGACAUGAUCAAGGGCAAGACUCCGGAGGAGAUCCGCAAGACCUUCAACAUCGUCAACGACUUCACACCGCAGGAGGAGGAGGAAAUUCGGAGGGAGAACCAGUGGGCCUUCGAGUGAAGGUUGACUCUGCGACGCGAAUAACCAGCAAGGAAGGAAACGUGGCUUCGUUGAAUGCCUGGGAGCAGCCGUUAACGUUUUGUGGUUCUGAGACAAGGCUAGUAGGGAAGAUGUAAGUAGGUUCUGAUUCCGGUGGAUCUGGAGGGUCCUUACCAUUUUGGCUGACUACGCGCUCUUUUUGGUUGUGGUGGUAAUUUUGCUGCACUCUUGGGACCUGGUUAUGAGGAAAUGAGAUGGUGUGCUGGUUAUUCUGCACUAA